UUUGCGGGAUGGCCACCUGCUAUUGUGGCAUUUAUAUUAGCCAAGGACGGUGUUUUGCAUUUUCCUAUUGGUCAGAUUGUUGCCCAAUACAGAAGCUUAUAAAUUAUUAAAAAGUUUCGCGGCAAAACUUUCUGCGAGUACUACAAAGAUGGCUGAUGCAAAAGAAGGCCUCAGAAAAAGACAACAAGAAAAAUAUAAACCACCAUGGGCUAAGGGUGGCCCAGAGUACGACCCUGACCUACCAUAUGGGCCAAACGUGUAUCUCGCACGAAAGAAGAAACCAGAUGCUUGGUGGGUGAAAUAUGUUGAGGCUGCCAUUGUAAUUGGUGUCCUCCUGUUUUUUGUUUACAUGUACUUCUAUGUUGAACACCUUCAUUUCCAUGUUACUAAAGCAUAUGCAAAUCUUGGCAGUUCACAUGCCCAGCACCACUUAGGACACAAAUACCUUCAUGGAAAAGGAACAGACAGGGAUGAAGACCUUGCCAUGUAUUGGUUUAGAGAAUCAGCCAAAAAUGGCCAUGGACAUGGGGCAUACAAUUUAGUGGCAGGUCACCUCCAGGGAUAUAAUACAGAUGUACAGGAACAUGAAAUAGAACCACUACUAAAGCAAGCUCAAGAACAAGGGGUGGAUGAAGCAGACAAUGCAUUGAAGGAUUUGUUUCCUCAUAAAUAUUGACAAGAAAACCCUGGUCAAGAUGUGAUUCUGAAGGGCUGUAUUUUGCAGGUAAAAGUGAAUACUGCCAAUUUACUGGAAAGUUCAUGACAAAUUUUAGUUUGAGAAGAAACCAAGUAAUGUCGGAAUAAGAAUGAUGCACCAUUUGACUUUGAUGAAUUGUCAUCACCAGCUGUAGAUAUUAAGUUUUAAGCUGCACACCAGAAACAAUUGUACUAUACUGACAUAGUUGUAAAAUAUUAUUCCUGUGUGAAUUUAAGAUAGAGAGAUGUAAAGAAGUUUGAUAUUUGUUUCAAAGCACUUAAUAAAGCACCUGAUAAUUC